AUGGAGCUAAUUGAGAAAUCAAAGGUAUAUGCUGAAAAAGGAUUCUUAGAAAAGAUAAAGCUUUGCCUUUCAAAGAAUCCACUAAAGAAGCUUGACCAUGACUUUGCCACCUCUACUUCCUUUCAUGGAGUGCACAAUAUUGUUCAAAACUGAAGCAAAAUUUGCAAAGGGAUCUGGUUAGUGGUGGUCCUGGGCUCAGUCUCACUUGUGGUGUGGCAGAUCUACUGUGACUUGGUCAACUAUUUCACAUGGACAAUAAUGACAUAUGUAGAGGUUCAGUAUGUGGAAAAGAUGGAGUUCCCAGCCGUGACAUUUUGUAAUUUGAACAGGUUCCAAACAGAUGCUGUAGUUGGUGUCAUUUUUUUCUUAUGGCAUAUUGUAUCCAAAGUCCUCCAGCAUCAGGAAAUCGGUGACAAUUUUACAAGCUCUAAAGAGGUUGUUGAUUUUGUUGCAAGUCACCCAAACUUCAGCAUUACAGAGUUUGUCAGGAACAAUGGGUUUUAUAUCGACGAUAGCACUUUGUUGAAAUGUGACUUUUUUGGAAAGCCAUGUGUCCCAAAGGAUUUUGCACAUGUCUUCACUGAAUAUGGGAGUUGUUUUACUUUUAAUUAUGGUGAAAAUAGCCAAGCAAAGAAAAAAGUGAGUGUCUCUGGAGGAGGCUUAAACUUGCUCUUCAAUGUCAAUCCGGAGAAAUUUACUGAUAACCCAGGCCUUGUUUUUGCUGAUGCUGGGAUCAUCUUUGCUGUUCAUUCACCACAGAAAGUGCCACAGUUUGAUGGUUUAUGCUUGUCAUCACCUGCAGGAAUGAACGCUCGUGUAACAAUUUGCCUAGUGAAGACAGUUCAUGAAGAACACCCUUGGGGAGAAUGCAAUCCUAACAUCAAGCUGCAGAAUUUUAGCAGCUACAGCACUUAUGGUUGCUUGAAGGAAUGCAAAGCCCAGCACGAAGAAAAGCACUGUGGAUGUUUGCCUUUUCUGCUUCCUGAGAAUCUUGAAAACAUUGAAAUAAAGUACCGUGAUUUAAAUUAUAAAAUAACCCAGCAGCAAAAAGCAGUGAGUGUGUCCUAGUCACUUGCAAAUAUUGACGGUCAGCUGGGCCUAUUUUGUGGGGCCAGUAUGAUUACAAUUAUAGAAAUUAUUGAAUACAUAAUCACCAAUUUCUAGUGGAUGUGCAUUUUCUUUUUGCUGAAGAUACCUGAAGUGACUCAGUGGGCUCCUCCUCCUCAGAAUCAUCUGGGGAAUAAAGAUAGGAUAGAGGAAUGCUAA